GCCUCUCUCCGCUGGAUGGUGACGCUCGGUGAGAAAGUAGCGGCACGUCUGGACGAGCCAGGUAUCCGGCUAAACGGACAGGCGCUUUAAAUCAAAUACGAGACAAACGCACGCAAGAGAGGCGGUGUCAUCGGGAGCCGAGAAUCAAUAACGGCAUGAAUUUCUAUUUGAUCGCCCACGCAAAUAACCUGGCGUCUGUUUUAUACUUAAGAUAUGGUGCGUAAUUUCACGAGUCUGUGCGUAAAAGUGCGCGCCUCUUCAUGGCGCACCGUCAUCACUUCCCGCACUGUCUUCCUCUUCAUCGGAUCUCGAGCUGAUCACAGGGAGGAUAAUUUCGCCCAGCUUUGAGUCUACCUGUCAGAGCAUCUGAAAAAAUGGCUGAGCUCCUCGGCUCCUCUUCGGUCCGCUCUGGCCGAGCAAGUUUCUGUCUGCGCGUCGUUGGGUUCGUCUUGUUGCUCGUUUUCGCCGCCGCCGCCUCUGCAAGUCGUGACAUUUCCAACGGGACAUCUAAAGAGCCCAACCCGGCCAGAGAGGAGGACCCGCACCACAGAUCUAAUACCACUCAUCAUAAAAAGGCUUUCCCCGUCCUGUCGUUCAACUACGAGCACGUCAGGACGCCGUUUGAGAUCUCGCUCUGGAUCCUCCUCGCCCUGCUGAUGAAACUUGGUUUUCAUAUAAUUCCCCGACUCUCCCAUGUCGUCCCGGAGAGCUGUCUGCUGAUCUUUGUGGGCCUGCUGGUGGGCGGGAUCAUCAAGGCCAUUGGCGAGAAGCCCCCCAUCCUCGACUCAACCCUCUUCUUCCUCUACCUGCUGCCUCCCAUCAUCCUCGAUGCCGGCUACUUCCUGCCCAUCAGGCCCUUCACGGAGAACCUGGGCACCAUCCUGGUGUUCGCUGUGGUGGGCACCCUGUGGAACGCCUUCUUCAUCGGGGGGAUGAUGUACGCCGUGUGUCAGAUUGAAGGAACCGGGCUGGGCGGCGUGGACCUGCUGUCCUGCCUGCUGUUCGGCGCCAUCAUCUCAGCCGUGGAUCCCGUGGCCGUCCUGGCCAUGUUCGAGGAGAUCCACAUCAACGAGCUGCUGCACAUCCUGGUGUUUGGGGAGUCACUGCUCAAUGACGCCGUCACUGUGGUCCUGUACCACCUGUUCGAGGAGUUCGCCCACAUCGGGACGGUGACUGUGGCCGACGCCUUCCUCGGCGUCGUGUGUUUCUUCGUGGUGUCGCUGGGCGGCAUCUUGGUGGGAGCCAUCUACGGCAUCCUGGGCGCCUUCACGUCCCGCUUCACCUCCCACACCCGAGUGAUCGAGCCGCUCUUCGUCUUCCUGUACAGCUACAUGGCCUACCUCUCUGCCGAGGUCUUCCACCUGUCAGGCAUCAUGUCGUUAAUAGCGUGUGGCGUGAUGAUGCGGCCGUAUGUGGAGGCCAACAUAUCCCACAAGUCCUACACCACCAUCAAAUACUUCCUGAAGAUGUGGAGCAGCGUGAGCGAAACGCUCAUCUUCAUCUUCCUGGGCGUCUCCACGGUGGCAGGGCCUCACUCCUGGAACUGGACCUUCGUCGUUCUCACCGUCAUCCUCUGCUUCGUGUCCAGAAUGCUGGGAGUGGUUGGUCUCACGUACAUCAUAAACAAAUUCCGUAUCGUAAAGCUGACGAAGAAGGAGCAGUUCAUCGUGGCCUACGGUGGCCUGCGAGGGGCCAUCGCUUUCUCGCUCGGGUUCCUGCUGACUAACGACAAAAUGAAGGACAUGUUCCUCACAGCCAUCAUCACCGUCAUCUUCUUCACCGUCUUCGUGCAGGGCAUGACCAUCAAGCCUCUGGUUGACCUCCUGGCAGUGAAGAAGAAGAAGGAGAGCAAGCGCUCGAUCAAUGAGGAGAUCCACACACAGUUCCUGGACCAUCUGCUCACGGGAAUUGAAGAUGUCUGCGGUCAUUACGGACAUCACCACUGGAAGGACAAGCUGAACCGCUUCAACAAGGCUUACGUGAAGAAGUGGCUGAUCGCAGGCGAGCGCUCCACCGAGCCCCAGCUCAUCUCCUUCUACAACAAGCUGGAGAUGAAGCAGGCCAUCAUGCUGGUGGAGAGCGGCAGCGCGGCCAAGCUGCCGUCCACUCUGUCCUCCGUCUCCAUGCAGAACAUCCAGCCAAGAGCGCAGCCCAGAGGCCGGAUCAUACCGAGGAUCUCCAAAGGCCGAGAGGAGGAGAUCAGGAAGCUUCUGCGAGCCAACCUGCAGAAGACCAGGCAGCGGCUCCGCUCCUACAGCAGACACGACCUGAUGAUCGACCCGUUUGAGGACAACAUGAGUGAGGUUCGCUUCAGGAAGCAGCGGGUGGAGAUGGAGAGGAGGAUGAGCCACUAUCUCACAGUCCCUGCCAACCGCCAGGAAGCACCACCAGUGAGGAAAGUCCGCUUUGAAUCAGACCACCAGGUUUACCUCGCUGAUGACGGUGACUCCAGAGCCGUCAGCGGCCGUCGUGCCACUCAGCCAAAUCUCAGCUCUCCUGAUGCCGUCAGCCUGCUGGAUGAGUCGUCCCAGAGGGCCAAUCAGAGGAGCCCAGAUCCACCCAGACGGGGCCCUGAACUGCAGGAGAGCCAGGAAGAGCAAGACCAGCUGAAACUAUCACGCUGCCUUAGCGACCCCGGUCCAAAUAAGGACGGGGAUGAGGAUAGCUCGUUCAUUUCAUGAUGAAGCACAUUUUUAAAAAAUACUUGAAGCAGAAGAUAAACUCUCCUCUUCAUGAUCUCCUUUGUAAUCAGCUGGAUUCAAGGAGCAGAGAUAACCUUAACCUGAAUGGAUGGGAGUCGUAGCAAAGCUAGAUAUUUAUAAUUUAAAUCAAUGACAUUAUUAUUAUUGUUUUUGAUGUUUUUUUUUGUGAUAUGGGAUGAUGUAAAUGAUUUGCCAGUGUUUUGAAUAUCUCUUUUUCACAAGUUAGGAUGUUUUUUUUUUUUAUCAUCAAGUGUAUUACAAAAGCAUGCGUCACUGACUGUUUCCUCUUCCAGGAUUGUUACCACUGCCUGAUUUUCAAAACAAAGGGAGCCAUCUGUCAGCAUUUUCUAUCUUAACAAGCAGACUUGCAUCAAAUAGUGCCCACAAAUAAUUCUGAAUGUUUGUUUUAACGCACCUGGAGCACCUGGUGGGUGGGGUUUCACAGCCAGGGGCAACACAGAGAGAGAUAAUUAGUCAAGUUAGUUUACUUUUCUGUGCACAACGACUUACCCUCCACUGUUUCAUGUGUCCUGAUGCAGUAAAAUCCCCCCAAUCUGCUGCUCCAAGAGGUUUAAAACAACAAAAGAAUCAAGAGAAGCCUGCAAAUAGCGUUUGACCGAGGUCUGUGAACAAGCUUUGCACUGUGUUUCUGGUCGACCACAUCGCUGCAUGAAUGAUCAGUGUUUUUCUCAGGGACUUAAACAUGGCAAAGAGUACCAGCAAAUACUCUUUGCAGGGAGAAAACAAGGGUUUUAUUCCAUAAUGCUCUCCACUGUGACCCAAACUCUUCACUGUUUUGUAAGCUAAGGUGUUUUGAAUGGCUAAUAACUAAUAUAAUAUUCUGUAAUAUGUUUUACGAUCACUCUGGCAAUCAUUUUAUCAGAGUAGGCUGGUAUCACAUUUACAAAAAAAAUGGCAGAUACCACAUUACAUUUUGGAAUGAAACUCUGCAAAACGGUGUUCCUGCUAACUGAGUGCACAUUGUGUUUCCACCAUGAGUUUUCCUGGAUGGUUAAAAAAAAACAAAAAACGAAUCACUUCCUACCUGCACAGUGUUGGAUAUGCCUGAGCUUUUGCUGCCUGCACAUUUGCCUUAAAAACCUAUUGCUUUUUU